CAGGAGCAGGUCUUCUCGGACUGCCGAGACCUCAUCCAGAGCGCGAUCGACGGCUACAACGUCACGGUGUUCGCGUACGGCCAGACCGGCGCGGGCAAGACCCACACGAUGUACGGCAACCCCGACCAGCCCGGGCUGGCGCCCCGAACGAUCGAGGCCCUCUUCGACAUGGUCCGCAAGCAGGAAAGAGGAGGUGGCAAAAAGUUCGUGGUGAAAUUCUACAUGAUCGAAGUGUACAAGCAGGACAUCAUCGACCUGCUCGGAGACCCCUCGAAGCAGAAGAAGAGCCUGGAGGUGAAGAAAGACGUUGGCCGCGGCAUCAUGUACGUGGACGGCGUCACGGAGCACGAAGUCAAUUCUCCAGCGGAGCUGGAGGCACUCAUGGCUGAUGGCGAGAAGAAGAGGCACACGUCCGCCACGAAGAUGAACUCGGCCAGCAGCAGGUCUCACCUGCUCCUGAGCAUCAUCGUGGAGGGCAAGGUGCAGGAGACGCAGGCGGUGAUCUACGGCAAGGUCACGCUUUGCGACCUGGCCGGCUCCGAGCGGCCGAAGAAGAGCGAGGUGGUCGGGGACGGCCUGAAGGAGGCCAUCGAG